AUGACCCAACCAAACCUCACCUACACCCCACUAGUCAUGGUAACACACAAGAACCGUGUCAUCCUCGCCACGACCACCACCACCACCAUGUCGUCGCCUUCCUCUCGCCACCCCUCGUCACCGCUCUCUACAAAUGCCAGAGCUCCGGCCACCCCCACCACCACCCAAGAAGCCUGCGCCGCCGACCGGCAUCGCGACAUGGGCGACGCCGCGGUACCCGCCAUGGUGGUGGAGGAGGAGGAACAGGAGCACGUGUUCCGGAGCAGGUUCCCGCCGGUGGCCGUGCCGGACGGCGUCACCGUGCCGGAGUUCGUGCUGGACGGCGCCGAGGCCUACGCCGACAGGGUGGCGCUCGUGGAGGCCGCGGCGGGCGGGCGGUCGUACACGUACGGCGAGGUGGCGCGCGACACGGCGCGGUUCGCCAGGGCGCUCCGGUCGGUGGGCGUCCGGAAGGGGCACGUCGUCGUCGUCGCGCUCCCAAACCUCGCCGUGUACCCCGUCGUGUCGCUCGGGAUCAUGUCGGCGGGGGCCGUGUUCUCCGGCGUGAACCCGCGCGCGCUCGCCGCGGAGAUCAAGAAGCAGGUGGAGGACUCCGAGGCGAAGCUGGUCGUUGCCAACGAGGUCGCGUUCGACAAGGUGAAGGACGCCGGCGUGCCGGUGAUCGGCGUCGGCGACAGGGAGCGGAUGCCUGGGGCGAUCAGCUGGGACGGGCUCCUCGCCGCGGCGGACCGCACCGGCGCCGGGGUGGUGCCGGUGGACGCGGCGCAGCAGUCCGACCUGUGCGCGCUCCCCUACUCCUCCGGCACCACCGGCGUGUCCAAGGGCGUGAUGCUGAGCCACCGCAACCUGGUGUCCAACCUCUGCUCGUCCAUGUUCGCCGUGGCGCCGGAGACGGCCGGGCAGGUGGUGACGCUGGGGCUCAUGCCGUUCUUCCACAUCUACGGCAUCACCGGCAUCUGCUGCGCCACGCUCCGGCACAAGGGCACGGUGGUGGUGAUGGACCGCUUCGACCUCCGCACGUUCCUCCGUGCGCUCGUCGACCACCGCGUCAUGUUCGCGCCGCUGGUUCCCCCCGUGAUGCUCGCCAUGGUCAAGAGCCCCGUCGCCGACGAGUUCGACCUCUCCGACCUCGCCCUCAAGUCCGUCAUGACCGCCGCCGCGCCGCUCGCCCCCGACCUCCUCGCCGCGUUCCAGCGCAAGUUCCCCGGCGUGCAGGUGGAGGAAGCCUACGGCCUCACCGAGCACAGCUGCAUCACCCUCACGCACGCCGCCGGCGACGGCCACGGCCACGUCGCCAAGAAGAGCUCGGUGGGGUUCAUCCUGCCGAACCUGGAGGUGAAGUUCGUGGACCCGGACACCGGGAGGUCGCUGCCGGCGAACACGCCGGGGGAGCUGUGCGUGCGGAGCCAGAGCGUGAUGCAGGGGUACUACAAGAGGAAGGAGGAGACGGAGCGCACGGUGGACGGCAAGGGGUGGCUGCACACCGGCGACGUUGGGUACAUCGACGGCGACGGCGACGUGUUCAUCGUGGACAGGAUCAAGGAGCUGAUCAAGUACAAGGGGUUUCAGGUCGCCCCCGCCGAGCUCGAGGCCGUCCUCCUCUCCCACCCCUCCGUUGAGGACGCCGCCGUCUUCGGGGUGCCGGACGAGGAGGCCGGCGAGGUGCCGGUGGCGUGCGUGGUGCGGCGGCACGGUGCGGAGGAGGGGGAGGAGGAGAUAGUGGCGUACGUGGCGGAGAGGGUGGCGUCGUACAAGCGGGUCCGGGUGCUGCACAUCGUCGACGCCAUCCCCAAGUCGGUGUCCGGGAAGAUCCUGAGGAGGCAGCUUAGGGACGAGUUCAUCAAGAGGAUGAAACCGUCAGCUUGAUUAAUUAACAGACAUAAAUCAUUGUGAUUGAUAUCAAGAACCGAAAGCAUGCAAGGUGUUAAAUUGCAUAAAAAUGGAGUUGGAUAAGUGUUUCAUCAUCACCGAGUAUAUGUACGUACAUGUUAGUGAUUAUCGUGUGAAAUUACCAUGGAAAUGAAUUCUAAGUCUUUAAUUUAAGUA